GGCGACUUUCAGCAAAUCCGUUUGCAGAUUGAUGGAGGCAAUGAGCACCUGUUCAGCGGGAUGAUAGAGAGUGUGAUGGACAAAGAUUUACAGUCUUUGCUGAAUGCUCGUGGAGGCGCCACCAACAACACACAUGUGAUUUCGCAGAAGAUUGCCAAUGUGCUUUUCAAGGAGCGCUACAAGCAAAUCACGGAUGCCACACAGCAGUUGAAACUCGCCAAAGAGGCGCUCGUGUCUGCUACUGAUGCUGUGCUUCUUUCAGAGUUUUCCGACGGUGGUGGUAACAAUAUGUUUUGGGAGCGCUACAUCAAGGCAAUCACAGACGAGAUUAAGGACC